UACUCUCUCUUACAAUUUACAAAACAAUAAUUUUGUGAAGAGAUCUCAUCGGAGCCACAACACAAUCAUCUAUCAUCGAAACGAAGAAGAGCCAUGACUUCAGGUUUCAGUGGCGAUGAAACAGCUCCUUUCUUCGGAUUCCUCGGCGCCGCCGCAGCUCUCGUUUUCUCCUGUAUGGGAGCAGCGUACGGGACGGCAAAGAGCGGGGUCGGAGUUGCGUCGAUGGGAGUGAUGAGACCUGAACUUGUUAUGAAAUCGAUUGUUCCUGUGGUUAUGGCUGGUGUGUUAGGUAUCUAUGGUCUGAUCAUCGCCGUCAUCAUCAGUACUGGGAUUAACCCCAAGGCCAAGUCUUAUUACCUUUUCGAUGGCUAUGCUCAUCUCUCUUCUGGGCUUGCUUGUGGUCUUGCUGGUCUAUCCGCUGGUAUGGCCAUUGGUAUUGUUGGCGAUGCUGGUGUUAGAGCGAAUGCGCAACAACCAAAGCUCUUUGUGGGAAUGAUCCUGAUUCUCAUCUUUGCGGAAGCGCUUGCACUGUAUGGUCUCAUUGUUGGUAUCAUCCUCUCAUCUCGAGCUGGUCAGUCUAGAGCUGAGUGAAAGCAGCGGAGACUUAUUAUUAUUAUCAUCAUCUCUGAUGUGAUAAGUUUUAUGUAAUGUUUCGCUUCUCCUUUUUGUGUGCAUCUGAGGUCGUCGGUUAUAAUAUUGGAAACAAACUUGUGUGAAAUCAGUUGACGUUGUACCAAAAUCAUUCAUUUUUUCAUUUGCAUCACGAAGUAACUGACUAUCACUACUAUA